AUGGCGGGGUCUACAAGUGCUAGUCUUCAGACUCCUUAUUUUCCUAGCUCGACCCAGAUUAACCCUGUACGCGUAGAUCACACCCUACCAUUACCGCCCGCCCAGCCGUCACUCUCCUUUACUCAAGGCCUCCUAGUUGGCCAGCUCUCCGUAGUGCUGCUUAUCGGAGCAUUUAUCAAGUUCUUCAUAUUCGGCGAGGCCCCUCCCCCUCCAUCCCGCGGCCUCUCCAAUCGGACCAGUACCCAUCCACGUUCCUAUUCCAUUAAUGCAGCCUCUACAGAUUCCAGUCCGCGACUACUAAGAGAAAAACCCUCCACCUCCAACAUACUCCGCCCCGUCCCCUCAUCCUCCACAAAUACCCGCUCCAUCCUUAGGAAAACAUACUACAGUGCUACGCCUACACAUCCCACCCCCAAACAUGGCCGACCACGGCUGUACCACUCCUCCCACCAGCCGGAGUCUCUGGACUGGUUUAACGUUCUGAUUGCACAGACUAUCGCCCAGUAUCGACAAACAGCCUAUAUCCUUAAGGACUCUCCCACAUCCUCAAUCCUGGCCUCCCUAUCCGAAACACUCAAUAAUCCAGAGAAAAAGCCAUCUUUCAUCGACAUCAUCAAAGUGACAGACAUAUCCCUGGGCGAGGAAUUCCCCAUAUUUAGCAACUGCCGCGUCAUCGCCGUCGAGGACCCCAAUUCUGAUGGUGGACGCCUACAGGCGCUCAUGGACGUUGACCUAAGUGACGACAACCUCUCCCUUGCAAUCGAAACUUCCCUUCUUCUAAAUUACCCAAAACCCUUCUCCGCCGUCCUCCCCGUUGCCCUCGCCGUCUCCGUCGUCCGCUUCUCUGGCACGCUCUGCAUAUCCUUCGUUCCCGGUCCCCGAACCUCGGACCAAACCAUGUCUCCCAUCCCAACCCCACACGACACAACCUCAGAGGCAAUCGACGACCAAAGUUCCGAUCAAUCAAGCCCCGCUCAAAAUCCCGAUGGACCCAAGGAUGCCCAUGCAAACACUAGCAACACCACGGACGCAAGCAGCAAACACGGCAUCCCAAAAACAAGCCUCGCUUUCUCCUUCCUACCCGACUACCGCCUCGACCUUUCUGUCCGCUCCCUCAUAGGCUCCCGCAGCCGCCUCCAGGACGUGCCGAAGGUAGCGCAGCUCGUCGAAGCGCGCGUGCAAUCCUGGUUUGAAGAGCGGGUUGUAGAGCCGCGUGUGCAGGUAGUGGGAUUGCCUAAUAUUUGGCCGCGGAUGGGUAGGACUGGGUUACGGAGUAGUCAGGAAGAGCCGGAGGCAGGGUCUGGGUCGGUUGAGAUUCCGGUCAUGACCUCUCCGGGGACCGAUGGGGUUAGUGGUGGUGGAGGAGGGGGAGGGAGUAUGAGAGGGAUCGAUCGGGGUUUGUCUGGGAGGGAGGUGGGGUAUGAGGCGCUGCGAUUUCGGCAUGCUGCCUGUGGUGGCCAUCAGAAUCAGAGCGGGAGAGACGGGGGGCGAGGUGGUAAUGAGCAGUUUGCAAUGCCGGGUUCGAUGCCGGAUACGGUAACUGAGACGUGA